CAAGAGAGAGAGAGAGAGAGAGAGAGAGAGAGCCAGUACGAGGGCGAGAGAGGAUACAGAGGGAGAAGACUUGUGUUUCCACACCCAGACCCUAACCGACAGCAGCACCACUCGGUCCGUCAUGAGGUAACCGCAUCCUACCCCCCAGGAAGCCUCGACUCUGGACCCGGGAGACUCUGGACCCGGGAGACUCUGGACCCGGGAGACUCUGGACCCGGGAGACUCUGGACCCGGGAGACUCUGGACCCCGGGAGACUCUGGACCCCGGGAGACUCUGGACCCGGGAGACCCAGUAGAGCCUGGACUCUGGACCCAGCAGCGGAGCUUGAUGAGCCAGCCCGAUGCGGGGGCGUCGCCGGCGGGGGUCCUGGUUCUGUCGGAGCGCCUCCUGGUAGCGUCCCACAAGGGCCAGGCGGAGCAGGUGGUCCAGCUCAUCAACAAGGGGGCCCAGGUGGCCGUCACCAAGUACGGCCGGGGGCCCCUCCACCUGGCGGCCUACAGGGGCCACAUCGAAGUGGUCCGCAUCCUGUUGAAGGCCGGCUGUGACCUGGACAUACAGGACGAUGGGGAGCAGACCGCCCUCCACCGCGCGGCCGUGGUGGGUAACAGUGAUGUCAUCAGCGCCCUGAUCCAGGAAGGGUGUGACCUGGACCGACAGGACAAGGACGGUAACACCGCCCUCCAUGAGGUGUCGUGGCACGGCUUCAGCCAGUCUGUGAAGCUGUUGGUGAAGGCCGGGGCCAACGUCCACUCCAGGAACAAGGUCCGUAACUCCUCCCUCCACCUGGCGUGUCAGAACGGCCACGCCCAGAGCGCCAAGGUGCUGCUGCUGGGGGGGGCGCGGCCCGACACCAAGAACCAGGCGGGCGACAGCAGCCUGCAUGUGGCGGCGCGCUACAACCACCAGGGGGUGAUCAACAUCCUGCUGGGGGCCUUCUGCUCCGUCUCCCUGAGGAACCAGGCGGGGGACACGCCCCUCCAUGUCGCUGCGUCUCUGAACCACAGGAAGUCGGUGCGUCUGCUCCUGGAGGCGGGGGCCGACAGCAGCGCCUGCAACACUGCGGGCCAGACGGCGCUGGAUCAGGCCCGAGAGAACAACAACCCAGAGGUGGCCCUCCUGCUGACCAAGGCCCCCCAGGUGCAGCGGUUCGCCCGGGGGAGGAGCGUGAGGAAGAGGAGGGAGCGGCUGAAGGCGGAGGGCCGUGCCCAGUCCGUCCCCAGGGACCAGAUGCUACCUAGCAAGGACAGCGCCUCGGCCGCAGACACCCACAGCAGCGACCACGUUGGCUGGAAGGACGCAGAGCCCGCCCAAUCGAACACCAAGAGGUCCAUCAACAGGACGCAAAAGGAGAAGCCCUCGCUGUCGGACCCCCCCCGCCGUCUGGAGACGCGUCUCGGGGAGUCGGCCCAGCGGAGGCGGAGCAAACAGCAGGGGGGCUCCCCUCAUUCGCCGCUGCCCCCCCACAACUAUAAAGCCUACCAGCUGUACACGCUGUACCGCGGCCGCGACGGCAAGGUCAUGCAGGCCCCUCUGAACGGCUGCCGCUGCGAGCCGCUGAUCAGCAAGCUGGAGAACCAGCUAGAGGCGACCAAGGAGGAGGUGAGGACGGAGAUCCAGACGGUGCAGGAGCUCAUGAACACCAAGUUGGGCCAGAUGGAGAGAACCAGCCAGCAGCAGAACCGAGCGCUGGACAAGCUGACGGUGGAGCGCGUGGCGGCGGAGAGGUCAGAGUGCAUCCAGAGGAUCGAACAGCGGGCCCAGCAGGAGAAACAGGAGGCCACCAAGAGACAGGGGUCGGUGGUGGGGGAGCUGAAGAGUUGGUGUCUCUCUAAGCUCCACCUGAUGGAGCUCCGACUUGGGGGGGACCAGCGCUCCCCGACCCCCCUGCGCCGCUCCACCUCCCUGACGGAGGGGCUGACCCUGACCCCCAGCCCGGGCCCCCGGGAUCCUGAGGACCCGGAGCGCGGUCCAGGGGCCGGCGGGGCCCCCAGCCACUACUUUGUGGUCCACGCUGACAGCUCCCCAGAGGGAGAGAAGCAGCGUGACGCGGCCGUGAGUCCCGUGGUGCGACCGAAGGAGCGGCCGGCAGCACCCUCUGCUGACCCCCGCAGGCCGCAGCCGGGACUGCAGGACGUGGAGGCCACGGAGGACGGAGCAGGCAGGAGGGGAGAAGGGGGGUCCCAGGGCUGGAGGAGGCGUGGGGGGGGCAGCAGGGCCAGCAGCCUCUCCCCCAGCACGGAGCGCCGCUUCAGCACCAGACCGGACCGCCGGGACCCGGACCGCCGGGACCCGGACCGCCGGGAUCCGGACCGUCGAGACCCGGACCGCCGGGACCCCGACCGCCUCGGCCGGGACCACAAGACCAAGACCCACAGGAGGACCUCCCACGGCAGGACCAGGUCCAAGGGCGCCGCGUCGGGACCCCCCUCCGCCCCGGCACCCGGCCCCAGAGACCUGCAGACCCUGGAGGUGUUUGGGGCCCCGGGCGGCGGCGGCGGCGGGCCCACGGGCGGCGGCGGGGCCCCCGGCGGCUGCGGCGGCGGGCCCCCGGGCUGGGAGCAGGAGCGGGAGGGGAUGCACGCGCUGGAGGUGAGCCAGCUGUUCUUCGAGGCGGUGUCGGGCCAGAUGGAGCGCUGGUACGAGAGGAAGGUGGAGGAGGCGCGGCGGCUGGGCGACCGGCGGGCGGAGGCCGACCGCGCCGCGCUCACGGAGCGCAUCGGCGUCCUGGAGGACGAGCUCAGGCUGCUACGGACCCCCGGGGGCGGGGAGCAGGGGUAGCACGCUAGCGCUGGCUCACACACUCUGUUAGGGCUGGCAUUGAUGUUGACACACACACACCCACACACACACACAGGACGUGUGAGAGUAAAACUGCAGUAAAGGCCACACCCUCUUUCUCAGUCUCUGAUUGGAGGACUUCGCUGCAGGCGGGCUCACUUUGCCAUUGAAGCUCCCAGGGGGGCCAAUCAGAACUCCCCAGAGGCAGUGCCUCUUCUCACUAAAUCCUGGACCACGCGUGUGUGAACUUAGUAGUUCUGGCGGGCUCUGAGCGCAGCCCGACGGACGGAACGCGUGGCCAGGGGCUGCGAUCCAGAAGGUUCCCACCUGUUGUAGGUAGUGGGUCCAUAUACCGGCUCCUCUUGGUAGUUUUCCGGCAGCUUCAAUCAGGUUCUACUGUUCAUCUUAUCAAGGGCAAUAAAGAUGGAGAGGGAAGCGCUCUCUUCCACACACACACACACCGCAUCCUGUAUCCUAGUAACACCGUGCCCUUUCAUACAUACAGGACGUCCUGAACACACACUCUGUUACAUACAGAAUGUCUGUUACACAAUGUUAGAUACAGGAUGUGUUACAGUGUUAAGGACGUCUUGAACACACACUGUUACAUAAAGGAUGUGUUACACAGUGUUAAGGAUGUCUGGAACACAGUCACAUGCCGGCUGUCUGGAACACAGCUGGUAAGUUUAGCUGCUCCUCCAGAUGUGAAAUCUGCCAAGAUAAGAUCAUUAAGAUUAAUAAAAAGAUUAUUGAUGCUGGAGGUCUUCGUUAAAUAAAACCCUUUACCAGUCCUGAGAAAACAUAAGCUCAGCUCUGAAUGAGGAUUUAAAUUAAGUUUUAUUUGAUCAUACAUUAACACAUUGCCGAUAAUGAAAGCGUGAUAACAUGUUUACACAGUGGUUAGUAGUGGUUUAAGAAAGUAAGAUUAACCCGUCAGUGAUGUUGACUACACCAUGAAAAGAGAGAAGCCUGGGAAACGCUUUCCUCCACUGUCUCUCCAACAGUAAGAUGUACGACGAUGAUAAAAAAACUAAACUGCAAGGAAUGUCCGCCUGUAAUUAACUUAACGGUGACCAAUUCUCUUUCUCUUUACACUUCUUUGCCUUAUAAUUAAAUUACGAAGAAGUCUCUCACACACGCACACAUUCCAAGACCAACUCCAAACUCCUCCUAACACCAGAGAAUCAGAAGUCCAAAAGAAGAGCCCAUUAAAUGUGUAUCUCCAUUCUUGUAAA